CAAAGCUCGCAGAAGCCGAGCAUCGAACUGCAAAAGAGCUUCAAGCCGUACCUUGAGGCCGUCAAGUUCAAUCCCAACAACACACAAGCCCACACCAAUGCGCCCUCGUUGAAUGCCCUCGACGUCGCGACUCUGAAUCCUCGACAAUUCGCCGAGCACCACAACAUCAAGGAUGCCGACCCUACCCCGCGAGCAUCCUCGACGGAACAAUGGAACUUUGGCAGCACCGGCCUCACCCCGUCGGUGCUGGACCCCAACAGCUCCUCGUUCAACACGUUUGCGAACCAAAUGCCAGGCUACUACACACCCACUCCUGGUGGCACAAACACGCUAUACCACCCCCAAGCAGGUGACCUCCAUACUCCAGGUUUCGGCAUGGGCUUGAACACGCCGCUGUCCAUGCCCACCUCGGACACGUCAGCCCUUCAUGUUUCUCAACUUACUCACAUGCAUCCAUUUGCACAUGCAAUGCAACAGCAGCAUCAUCACCAUCACAUGAACCCCUUCGGAAACCCUCACGCCUUUCAAAUGCACCACCAACCUACCUUCCCACCCCACAACUUCCAACAUCAGGCCCCAGUCUUCGACCAACUGGACAGUCAAGCUACCGACUCGCCUAUGUGUGGCGCUGAGAUGAACCUUGACGUUGAGAUGUCCAACCAGGCUCAGACCGAUCCCAUGUUCCCUCCCCACCUCAGCAAUGCUGCACUCGUCGCUCUCCCUCAACAUCCAUCGAGUGAGAACUUCCGUUACCGUGUUACCCUCAACGCGCCGACUGCCAUGGUCAAAACUGCCGAUGAGAUUCCCGUUACUUAUCUCAACAAGGGACAGGCCUACACACUAAAUGUGCACGAUACUGCUCCCCAACAUUCCGUCGUCGGCCAACUCAAGUAUCGUACCUUCGUCCGCGUCUCUUUCGAAGAAGACUCACAGAGAGCACGACCUGGAGCCUGCUGGCAGCUCUGGAAGGAAGGCCGUGGUACCAAUGAAGCUCAUCAACGCGGCGGCCGCCUUCAAGCGGUCGAAUUUGUUGACCAGAACCAAUCCAACGAUCUCAACCGACCCAAGCUGGAACUCGAGUCUUCUUCGUUUGAUGGUUUCUGUGUAACUUGGAGCCCGUCUCCCAAUGCUCAGGGAAUUGAGUGCCCUAUCUCUGUUCGUUUCAACUUUCUGUCCACCGACUUCAGUCAUUCCAAGGGUGUCAAGGGCAUUCCGGUCCGUCUGUGCACGAAGACUGAGUUGUUGCUCGACUCGAUGUCUCCAUCUCAACAACCUGCUCACGAAGUGUGUUACUGCAGAGUCAAGCUUUUCCGUGACCACGGUGCUGAACGCAAACUCUCCAAUGAUGUUGCACACGUGAAGAAGAUGAUCGACAAGCUUAACCAGCAGAUUUCACAAAUCGAAUCCGGCAUGAGGGAUUCGAGCAAACGGAAGAGAAGUGGCUCGAUCUCCAAGAUGAACGCAAUGCCUGCACGACCAGGAAAGGCACCCAAGCACAAGAGAACAUGGUCUAUGUCUUCCGCAGCCUCGAAUGGAAGAACAUCCGCUGAGGAAGACUUGCAAACGAAACUCAUUGGACUGCAAGACAUGUUUGGCUCCACACGCCCAAUCAGCGUUCUGUUCCUCCGAGGCGCAGAGGAAGACGACCCAGACCUUCACCCAGUCAGCUUGUCCGGAGACACUCAGGGCCUCACCAGGGUUGAUACCAACGACACAAACAUGUGGGAUGGUCAGAGCAAGACCAGCUCUGCCAUGGUCUCGCCUACUCCAAGCAACCAAUCGCUUCCCUCAAACUUCCGCCGCCCAAGCGCCUUUGGUCCUCCGUCUCGCGUCAACUCUAACGAGUGGGGUCGUAGUACUUCUCAAGUUGCACCUAUGGAUCUCAAGUCCUCUAACCCCCAACAUCUGGCCAGCCCACCUGAUCAGCCAGUCAAGAUGCAAGCUCACUCGCCAACCAGUGGUACUUUUGCUGGUUGGUUCGAAGCAAUCGGCGUAGAUUCUUCCUAUCAGCCUCCUCCUGAACUGGCUUGUUUCUAUCUGCAAUCUCGAGCCCAGGGCAAGGGACCUGAGGAUAACUACUACCGAGCUAUCUACCUUUCGCAAAGAACUCUCAAGGAGUUUGUCAGUGCGGCCGCCACGAAGUUCGACAUCGAGCCUCAGAGAGUCGUGCGUACGGUUCGCAUCAACCAGAAGGGAAUUCAAAUCCUCAUGGAUGACGAAGCGAUUCGUGAAAUGCCCGAGGCUCAAGAUAUGAAGGCCGAGUUUGCAACAGUCGACGUACAACAGGGCCAGUGGCAAUCCAGAUCCCCAUCCUCAGGAUACGAGCUCAGGCUGGUCUAC